GUCGGCUUUGAAACUUGACUCUAGAUCUCAUAUCAGUCGAGCCCCGUACGACGCGCGUGCACUGGGUAGCCAUCGUAUCACCACCGUGGUUUCAUAACCAGUUGCAGCAGCCAACAGUAAUAGAGUGGCACUUACAUCCGAUACAGAGCCUGACUUUCACUCAUGCGUUACGGACUGCCACGCUCACCUUCGCCAUCUCCUGAACGGAGAUUAUCUCGCAGACACACCUCUACUUUCGGUCUCCCAUCAGAUUCCGAAAGCGAUUUCGAAGGGCCACCAACAGAUUCAGACUCAGAACUAUCCUCCCCCAGCUCCCUUUCAUCAGACUCAUUCUGCUACGAGUCUGAAUCACAAGUCCCGCCGCCACCUCCCCGCCCAAAGCGCGAGUCUCGGAGUCCAACUGAACAGCGCCAUGUAGAGGACACAGUAGCUGCCAUCCGUUUACGCACGCGAUAUCAUGAUCCCUAUGAAGAAUGGGAGAAACAGACGCGCAAGGAUGCAUUCCACACAGCGCGCAGAGCACAAGUUCAGACGCGUCUAGAGACACAAGGUCGGCGAACACAGCGUAACGUGCAGGAGCUGCAAUCAUUAGCAGCUAUGCACGCCCAGCAGGUCGCCGAAGUGCAGAAACAGCUCGCAGCAUUGCAGGUCCGGCAACAAGCGGACGUUAAUAAGCUCGUAAGUAGUUGGCAGGAGCAGGAUAAGACGUUUCGCGGCAGGAUAGAGGGCGUCAUACGCGUCGAAGAGGAGAAACUACGCGCCAAACUCGAAGCUGAACGUAAAGCGCGAGAAGAGGCGGAGAAAAAACGGAAGGAGGAAGAAGAGAGACGUAAAGUGGAGGAAGAGAUCAAACGGAUAGAAGAGGAAAAGGCACAGUUGCAGCGGGAGAUAGAAGCGGCUGCGAAACGCCAUGAAGAGGAGAAGGAGCGUUUGCGCAGGGAGAAGCUGGAUGCUGAGGAACAGGGCAGGGUACAAUUGGGAAUGUCUUUGGCUGAAGAGGACUGGGUACACGCCCGUGAAACUCUCAAGAAUUUGAAAGCCGGGCCAAUGAAAACAGUCAAAGAGAACAAGCCACUCAAAUCCCAAUGGAGUGCCAUUCGCCGACAGAUAACACCAAAGAUAGGGCAAUUAACACACGACAUCGACUCCGUCUCGCGAAUAACUCAACAACUCAUAGAAAUUAUUUGUCCGCCAGGACGACUUCCUCUAGACAUCUAUUUCGCCGCUCUGUCCUCGCUAGCAAAAGCCAUCCUCCUUCAAGCUGAAACAGAGGUCACAGCCGAAAAACGAAGCGCUGUACCCCUGGCCAUGGUCGCCGCGAGACUGCUAGGCACGUUGGAAGGCUUUCCAGACAUCUUCUUCGCGAAGCUCGUGCAGCGGUCCGGUGGGUGGCCUGUGCCGUCAGUGAUUCCUUCCACAGAUUCAGACGGUACUGCGUGGGACGAAGUGGAGCGCACCAAGGCGAUGGGAUACCGGACUAAUGAUGGCCAGAGAGAGAGCUCGUCUGAUCACAUCAUGCGCGUGUCUGGGAUGAUGCGUGUUUAUUUCCUGAUUCUGUCUGCGCCUGUACCGCAACCGUUGGAUAAGAUGUUCCAGUUGCCACGUUUCUGGACGUAUUUCGCGAGGAUGAUUGGGGAUGAGCGAUUACUGGAGACGGCAGUAGCCGCACAGGUCCUUCACGCUGCGCUUGAUGUUGGAGGCACGGAAGCUAAGUUCACUUGGGGAAAUCAGUGGGUAAAGAUGCUGGAGUUGCUUUAUGAGGGCACAACGACAGGCAUUGGUGGAGUUGCCGGGAAGUUGGUCGGUGGCCAAACCCCUGAGGGAAAGGCAGCACGCGUACGAGUACAACUUCAGAUAGAACGUAUCAUGCAAGCCACAAGCUCGCGAUGAGGCUUGUAGGGAUCUCUCGCCCAUCAAUUCGUUCACCAUGUAUAAUAUUUAGGAAGCACAGCACAUCCACUCAUGUACAGUAGUGCCACUAGCCUAUACACAUUUCACAGCGCU